CCUCUGCACUGCUUUUAAAUUUCAUUCAUUAGCCCCACUCGCCCAACACCACAAGCAAAAUGCAGCUUUGCAAGGUUCAGCGUGCCAGUGCCGCUCGCAGCUCGCGGGCGAGCCGUAGCCAGCGUGUUGAGGUCGUGUGUGCCAGCAGCGCCAAGUUCUUCGUGGGUGGCAACUGGAAGUGCAACGGCAGCGUGGCAAACGUCGCAAAGCUUGUCGAUGAGCUCAACGCUGGCACUAUCCCUCGGGGUGUGGACGUGGUUGUGGCCCCUCCCUUCAUUUACAUCGACUACGUCAUGCAGCACCUCGACCGGGACAAGUACCAGCUCUCGGCUCAGAACGCUUGGAUCGGCGGCAAUGGUGCCUUCACCGGCGAGGUCAGCGCUGAGCAGCUGACUGAUUUCGGCGUGCCGUGGGUUAUUCUGGGUCACUCGGAGCGCCGCUCGCUAUUCGGCGAGUCCAACGAGGUGGUGGCGAAGAAGACUUCGCACGCCCUGGCCGCGGGUCUCGGUGUAAUCGCCUGCAUUGGCGAGACUCUCGAGCAGCGCAACAGCGGCUCUGUGUUCAAGGUUCUGGACGCCCAGAUGGAUGCACUUGUUGACGAGGUGAAGGACUGGACUAAGGUCGUGCUCGCGUAUGAGCCAGUGUGGGCCAUCGGCACGGGCGUGGUGGCGUCGCCGGAGCAGGCGCAGGAGGUGCACGCCUACCUGCGCCAAUACUGCGCUAAGAAGCUCGGCGCGGCUGUCGCCGACAAGCUCCGCAUCAUCUAUGGCGGCUCCGUCAGCGACACCAACUGCAAGGACCUCUCGAAGCAGGAGGACAUUGACGGCUUCCUGGUCGGCGGCGCCUCGCUAAAGGGCGCGGCAUUCGUAACGAUCUGCAACGCUGCGGGGCCUAAGGCGAAGCCGUAAUUUGACAGAUGAGUAAUGGGGCACCAGACAUGACCAGCGCGCCGGGCUAGAGGGCUGUCAGCACGUUCUGCGAGUUGCAGCGGCCGCCGCAGGCAUGAAAGGGCCUUUGUACAUCUACUUGCAAGUGCUUGACUAAAAUCAGUUCAUGUGUCGUGAUGUGUCCUCUGACUUGAUUGUGUGAUGACUUCGCGGGGUAACAUACGAGCGCAGCGGUUGACUAGGCAUAAAUGUGGCGUGAGGCAGGGCGUGCAAUGCAGCGGCUCUUGGGCUGCCGUGCGCGCCCCGCAUGUCACGGUAGGCAUAGCUAGCUGUGUGCCCUGUGUGCCCAUUGACGUUCGAAACGCUGUUGUGAUAAUGGUUGUGUUGCUGAUCGGUCAGCAGUGACGGGGAUAGAGGUACGGCAGGGGUUUUGUGUGGCUGCCGACGGGCACCAGGCCGUUGUGGCGAGGGCGGAUCAGCUAGCGUGGCGCCCGGAAGGAGCCGCGGGUCAGCUUUGCUUGCGCCUGGGUAUGCUGUUAGAUAGGAGGCGGUUUCCAUGAAGUACGUUCGCCCGGAUAAGGCUUGCACGUCGCUCAGAAUCGGCGGCGUUGUGUGUUUGCUUUGAAGAACGUUCGGAGCAUGUGCAGUGCACUCCAAUUUUGCACCAUGGGGUUUGCACGCCACGCAUCCGGCCACGUAGGUAGGCAGUACAUGAGUUGGGAGACCAGUCUGGACACGAGCUAGCGGAGGUGGAUUGACAGGAUGUUUCGCCGGGGUGUGUUGCCACGCUGGGCGCUGUGCUGUGGACUGGUUGCGCGUCCGCUGUUGGGGUGCAGGGCGUUAUUUAGGCACAUGCUGGUUGGAUGCGGGUCGGUAGGUGAACCUUGAUGAGCGAGUGCAUGUAAUGCCCAUUCUUU